CAAAACCAACAAGGCCAAAACGACAAGCGCACCGGAACGGCGGAACCCUGCUUCACGUACAAGCUAGCCAUGGUCAAGAAGCCCUCCGCCCUCCCCAGGUCCUUCCUGUCCCUCCGCCGCCUCCUCCGGCGAAGCAUCUCGGGGCGGCACUACCGCCGCACCACGUCAGCGACGGGGGCGAGGGCGGCGGCUCCGGCACAAGACAAGCUGAAAGACCGGACGGUGCUGGUCGACGUGGAGGGAUGGCUCCUGCGGUCGCCGCUCUCUGCCUUUCCUUACUUCAUGCUCGUCGCCGUCGAGGCCGGCAGCUUCCUCCGCGGCCUCCUCCUGCUGCUGGUAUACCCGGUCCUGUGCCUCCUGGCCCUCAUCGGCCUUGACCUGCGUCUCGAGGCCAUGGUCAUGGUGUCCCUCUUCGGGCUGAGGGAGAGAGAGGUGGCCAGGGUUUCCAAGGCGGUGCUGCCCAAGUUCUUCCUGGAAGACGUGACCAUGGAGGGGCUGGAGGCUUUUAAGAAGGCGGGCACCGUCGUCGCGGUGACCGCGGCGUUCCCGAGGGUCAUGGUGGAGGGCUUCCUCAAGGAGUACCUCGGCGUCCAUGCCGUCGUCGGGCGGGAGGUCGCCGUGACAGCUGGCCGUUACGUUGGGUUCCUGGAGGGGGAGCACGCGGGCAUGGAGAGGGUUGGAGCCUUCCUCGAGAAAAUGGAGGAGACGAGGACCAAAGGUGAUGGAGCUGUGGGGCUUCUUGGGGCAGUCGGCAGGGUGGUGCACCACGUGGACUCGCGCUAUUGCAAGGAGACCUAUGUCCUAAGCAAAGCCGACAAGAAGGCGUGGCAGCCAUUGCCGAGGGACAAGUACCCCAACAAGUUGGUCUUCCACGACGGCCGCCUCGCCUUCAGGCCGACCUUCUUCGCCGCGCUCGCCAUGUACACCUUCGCCCCCUUGGGAAUCAUCCUCGCCGCCUUACGCUGCAUCGCAUUUGGCGUGCUACCCUACCGCGUCUCUGUCCCGCUGGCCGCGGCCACCGGCAUGCGCUCCCGCCUCGUCGCCGGCCCGUCGCCGGACGCCAGCAGAGAGAAGAACGAGGCAGGUGGGCGCCUCUACGUCUGCAACCACCGCACCCUCCUCGAUCCGAUCACCGUCGCCGCCGGCCUGAACAAGCCCGUGACGGCGGUGACGUACAGCGUGAGCCCGGUGUCGGAGCUGCUCGCGCCCAUCCGCACGGCACGGCUGACGCGGGAUCGGGACGAGGACCGCCGGCGCAUGGAGGCGUUGCUGGCGCGCGGCGACCUCGUGGUGUGCCCCGAGGGCACGACGUGCCGCGAGGCCUACCUGCUCCGGUUCAGCCCUCUGUUCGCCGAGCUCACCGGCGAGGUGACCCCCGUCGCGCUCGACACCCGCGUCGACAUGUUCUACGGCACGUCCACCAAGCCCGGGGCCAAGUGGCUUGACCCGUUCUACUUCAUGAUGAACUCGCGGCCGGAGUACCGCGUCGAGUUUCUGGAGCGCGUGGCCACCGCCCCGGCGGAUGGCGAGGCGGGCGGACAUGGUCACAGCAUCCAAGCGGCCAACCGGGUGCAGCGCGUGCUUGGCGAGGCACUAGGAUUCGAGCUCACCGGGCUCACGAGGAAGGACAAGUACAUGAUGCUGGCUGGGAAUGAAGGUGUCGUGUCAGGUGGCGCCAAGUAGGUGUGUUGUUUAUUACGAGCGAACAUGUUAUGUUGUGCAGUUACUAAUGCAUGCGUGCGUACUAAUUAAGAGUGUUGUGUAUUCUAUAUUUAUUUUUUGUUAUUUUCUUCUUCUUCUUAAACAUACAGUUUGCUUGUAUAUGUGGAUACAUACACACUUUCUUUUAGUUCAUAUGUGUGAAAAUUCUUGUACAUGUUGAAAAUAAAGAAGAAAAAAGAUUGCAAAUAUA